GGAUUUCUGCCAAUUGUACAUCAGUCGCUACUACUAUUAGGAGCAAUUAUUGGUAAACCGAGUCGCUUUUUUGCCGCAAUAGUACUUUCAGCUGCGCUUAACCGCACGCCGAUACCGUUCCUGUAAUUUUUACUUAAACUGUCUUUCUAGCAGUUUUCUACGCACUCUUCGUCGUCAAUUGCGUCUUCUCUGGCUCAUUGUGUGCUUUUGUGCGAGUUUCCUGGCGAAUUUUUCCCUUUAACUGUAUUUUUUCCGAUAAUUUGUAAUCUUAGACUCAAUGACUUAUUCUGUCAUUGCUGAACAGUCCUCCACGGCUUCAGCAAAGCCAUUGGAACCCAAGAAAAAUGUUGAACCUACCGUUUCUCCUAGUGCACAGGAGUCGGUGUAUCCAAACAACCGUUCUCCGGAUUGUAUGGCCGAUUCCUACGGUAAUCCCUACGAAUUGCCCGAUAUUUCCAUGAAGGACGUGUACAAUGCGAUCCCAAAACACUGUUUCGAGCGUAGCUUGGUGCGUUCUUUUUCUUACUUGCUACGUGAUCUAUUGUGUGUCGUUAUCACAGGUGGUUUGGCCCACAAACUCAUUCCCUUGCUUCCUUCAUCUCUUAUAGUUCGUUCAAUGGCGUGGACAACGUAUGGGUUCAUCCAGAGUCUCUUUUUUACGGGACUUUGGGUACUCUCUCAUGAGUGUGGACAUUCGGCGUUUUCUCCUUACAAUUGGGUGAAUGACACCGUCGGUUGGAUUGUUCAUUCGGCGUUGUUUGUGCCCUACUUCUCCUGGAAGUUUACUCACGGCACGCAUCACAAGAAGAAUGCUCACAUGACUGAGGACACUGUCUUCGUUCCCAAGACCGCCGAAGUGAAAUUGAACCGCAAAACGGGCGGCACUGGUUGCGAUAAGGAGGGUAAAAAAAUUAACCUUUACUCAGAAGCUUUUUACGAAGCGAUUAAUGAGUCGCCUUUAGUUACCUCGCUUAAUGUUUUUCUCCAGCAGUCCCUUGGAUGGAUUGUUCAUUUAUUUACUAAUGCCACGGGUCAGUAUCCCCCGGGAUAUGCUUGGUACAAAAUGAACCAUUUCCACCCCGGCGCUCCUAUGUUCCGCCGCGAUCAAUUGCGGGCGGUCCUGUUGUCCGAUCUGGGAAUGCUUGUCGCUUUUGGUGUUCUUAUAUAUCUGAUUCGAAAGACUUCUCUUUCCACUGUAGCUUUGUACUAUGGUAUUCCUUACUAUUUUGUUAACGGUUGGCUCGUUUUAAUUACAUACUUGCAGCAUACAGACCCUCUGCUUGCUCGUUAUGACAACCGUACAUGGAACUUUACUCGAGGUGCUCUUGUCAGUGUUGACCGCGACUUUGGUUUUAUUGGCAAGCACUUGUUCCAUGAUAUUAUUGAGACUCACGUUCUUCACCACCUCAUUUCUCGGAUUCCGUUUUAUAAUGCCCGUGAAGCUACAGAAGCCGUUCGUCCAUUGCUUGGCAAAUUUUACCUUCGCGACACGACGAACAUGUUUGUCGCUUUGUACAGGGCAUUCCGCCAAUGCCAAUGGGUUCAAGACUGUGGCAAUGGUGUGUACUUUUUUGAAAACGCUAAUAAGGGUCCUGGUGACCGCCGUCUGAAGGUGAAGGCUGUUUAAGCGAUUCGUUAAGCGGUUCGCAAAACACCUCUACUUCAGCAAUUAUUGCUCUGCGUAUUGUACUAUUUAGUUUAACCCCAAUGUUGGAGAAAGUGUUCUUAUACUCCUAUUGAUAAUUUUACAAACAUGCCUGGUAUGGUAAUUUUGUAUGGAACAAUGAUUGGGGGGAGGAGGAGGAACAGUUACGAAAGUAUGAAGUUGAUUCCUUAC